AUGCUGAAGCUGCCCGUUGUGUUACUGGCCAGUCUCCUUAUCCCCUUUGAGAAAACUCCCUCGCAAAUCUUCGCCAAGGAUGAGGUGCAGGCACUGCCCCCCUUGGCAGAGGAACUUGAUGGUCUGUCAAGCCAGUAUCCGCCACGUGACCGGCUUCCACUGCUUCUAGAAGCCAUCCCGGCAUGCGAGUACAUGCCGUCGAUCAUUACCUCUCGCAGGCCAAAAAAGACGCCGGACGCGGAGGCGCUGACGCCUGACUAUGGUGAACUACCAAGGCGGGAACGAGAGAAGCGCCGUAUGCCGCAGCAAGAACGGGGAAUUAGGAUUCCCUCUCGAUCCACUCUAGACGACACUUUGUCCUCACAGAAACACAGAAACGGGGCGCUUACGCCUAGCACAAACCCAUGCGAGGCUCCCACGGGAAGAGGAAAAAAUAAACGGGGUUCGCUCACUCUCCUGCUGCCAUUGGAUCCGUUACCUCCGGGUGUUGUCUCGGGGCGGACACAGCGGGGCGUCAACCUCCCCACGGAGGCGCCCCGGUCUCCAGAUGGGAGCCUGGCGGAGAUGUUGUCUUCUUUUCCCUUCUCCUGAAAGAGCGGGGGAUCUAACCCGGAUGUGUCGGUCUCACAACACUUUGCUGCGGACGUGAGACAAUGCGUGGGGGGGUUGCUUUGCUGAGGAAUCGCAGCACCAUUGAUGGGGAACAAUAUACCCGGACUUGUGUAUCUCCGUUCGGAAGGAAAAAAGUAAUUCUGCUGCAGGUCCCGCGACAUGCAGCUUUUAACUUGCUCACCAACCAUUGAGUGGCUAGUAUAGUUGCCGUUAUUGCCGGAGAUCAUACAGACUGCAGGUGUUAUAAGCCAUUGAUCUAUUAAUGGGAUCAUGAACGGACUUCGGCGUAAACAUCGUGAUGCUCGGUCUUUUUGUCGCGGGAACGGCGGCCAACGUGACCAGAAACCUGGGGACCCGGCGCCGGAGGUCUUUGAGCAGGAAUUGGCAGGGUCUCCAGGCACGGACAUGAACAUCGGCCGGGGAGUUUGCGAAAUGCCUUGAUACACGGCAGAUGGGUACGCACGCUCGGGCUUCGGCGAUCAUCUCAACAAAAUACAGUAUCGGAGCACCACUGCGGCUCAUCCUCAGAAGCAGUAAGCCGAGCCUCUUUCUCGCGAGCC